CAAUUCGGUCCAAUUUCAACCUUGUCUCCAUGAAUUCAAUAGUUUAAUAGUAGCUCGGUCCCCAUACGGCCGUAAUCAGUGAAAUAGAAAAAAAAAAAAAAAAAACACCACCACGAGAAUUUUUUUUAAAUGAUUUUUUCUUUCUCGUCCUCACUGAGCCGCAACAUUUAUAAAAAAUACGCCUGCAAACUUUCCUCGGCUCUCAGGGAGCGGAGAUGAAUUACGAAUUCGAGCGAGAGAGCGGUUUUAUCAAUAGUCAGCCGUCGCUUGCUGAGUGCCUGACAUCUUUCCCCCCUGUCGCUGAUUCAUUUCAAAGUUCAUCAAUCAAGAGCUCGACGCUUUCACGCCCGACACUGAUUCCUCCUCCCUUUGAGCAGACCAUCCCCAGCCUGAAUCCGGGCAGCCAUCCGCGACACGGCCGGCCCAGACACAGCCCCGACGGAUGCAGCCAGCUCCCCACCGCCUCCUUACCCCCGGAGUACCCCUGGAUGCGGGAGAAGAAAGCCUCCAAGAGGAACCACCUGCCAACCUCCACCGCUACCACCAUCUCCAAUGGACCCGUGUGCUUCUCUCCGAAAGGCUCGCCUGAGAUCGUGGAGAGCGGUGGGGGAGGAGGGAGCUCUCGUCGGCUGAGGACGGCGUACACCAACACACAGCUGCUGGAGCUGGAGAAGGAGUUCCACUUCAACAAGUAUCUGUGCCGGCCGAGGAGGGUGGAAAUAGCGGCUCUGCUGGACCUAACCGAGAGGCAGGUCAAGGUCUGGUUCCAGAACCGGCGCAUGAAGCACAAGCGGCAGACCCAGAGCAAGGAGAACCACAACGGGGAGGGGAAAGGGCCGGACGCCGAGGACGGCGUCCACAGCGACGAGGAGGACGAGGGCCCCCUGUACGAGCGGAGCGGAGCCCUGCUGGAGAGAGAUACCUGCUCCUUUCAGAACAACUCUCUGAGCUCCGCACAGCAGCUCCACAAUGCAGAGUCCAUGAGCUUUGCUGCUGCGCCGCUGAGCAGCAAUGACAAAAAUCUGAAACAUUUUCCCAACCCGUCACCCACUGUUCCGGGCUGCAUGACAACAAUAGGCCCCGGCUCGGCAUCUGGCCCGGACAAUGGCGACAGUCCCCCGGCCCUGGAUGUUUCUAUACACGAUUUUCAGCCCUUCUCGGAUUCCUGCCUACAGCUCUCCGAUGCGGCCUCGCCGAGCUUGUCAGAGUCUCUGGACAGCCCCGUGGACAUUUCUACGGACAGUUUCUAUUUUUUCUCGGAGUCCCUCACUACAAUCGACCUGCAGCAUCUGAACUAUUAACUGAAAUCAGUCACAAUCAUUUCUUUUCUUUUUUUUGGUACAAUAAAUAUCGGGCUACGAUGGUAUUAACUCUGAUGUUAUUUGUAUAUUCGGCACAUUUAUUCUGUUGAUCUUUCACUUGACGAUUAAUUCAAGGUAAGGAUGAAAUUAAAUCACUGACGUAGCUCAACUCAAACGUGGCUUGUAAUUACCAUAACAAAAUUGAUCACUCUCGGAAUGGAAAUUAUGAGUGUAUGUGAAUAAUUAUACAAUAUUAGGCCUAUGGAACCUGGUCGUUUUUAUUUUUGUAUAGCUUCCAGCGUCUUGGAUAUUUUUGUUAGAAUACAAUUAACUUGCUACAA